UUUACGUUUCCGCCGGUAGAAACUGUCGUCGGACCCUGUGGGUGGGAAGCGGCUUCUGUAGUUGUUGCCACGUCGGAAUAGUUGCUGAACCUGGUUUAUUCAUUUUGAAGAAAAUAAGGAAUAAUUUUCUGGAGGGUUUCUGGUUUAGCCGCAAUCAUGGUUUCCGUUAUCAACACGGUGGACACCUCUCACGAGGACAUGAUCCAUGAUGCCCAGAUGGACUACUACGGCACUCGGCUCGCCACCUGCUCCUCUGACCGCACCGUAAAGAUCUUUGAUGUCAGAAACGGAGGGCAGAUCCUGGUCGCAGACCUCAGAGGCCACGAGGGUCCCGUGUGGCAGGUAGCGUGGGCUCACCCGAUGUUCGGCAACAUUCUGGCUUCCUGUUCCUACGACCGUAAGGUCAUCAUCUGGAAGGAGGACAACGGCUCCUGGGACAAGAUGUAUGAAUACACUGGACACGAGUCAUCAGUGAACUCUGUCUGCUGGGGUCCCUAUGACUUCGGCCUGCUCCUGGCCUGCGGCAGCUCAGACGGUGCCAUUUCCCUUCUCACGUUCACUGGGGAUCAGCAGUGGGACGUCAAGAAGAUCAGCAACGCACACACUAUCGGCUGCAACGCGGUGAGUUGGGCUCCUGCUGUAGUUCCAGGCAGCCUGAUCGAUCAGCCGUCAGGACAGAAACCAAACUACGUCAAACGCUUCGUCUCCGGAGGCUGCGACAACCUGGUCAAACUCUGGAAAGAGGAAGACGGUCAGUGGAAGGAGGAUCAGAAGCUGGAGGCUCACAGUGAUUGGGUGAGAGAUGUCGGCUGGGCUCCUUCUAUUGGUCUUCCCACCAGCACCAUCGCCAGCUGCUCCCAGGAUGGACGUGUGUUCAUCUGGACGUGUGACGACCCCGCAGGCAACACCUGGACGGCCAAACUGCUCCAUAAGUUUAAUGAUGUUGUCUGGCACGUCAGCUGGUCUAUCACUGGGAAUAUACUGGCUGUUUCUGGGGGAGACAAUAAGGUGACGCUGUGGAAGGAGUCGAUGGACGGUCAGUGGGCGUGUAUCAGUGAUGUCAGCAAGGGCCAGGGGGCCGUCUCCACCAUCACAGACACACAGCAGAGCGAGCAGUGACACACACACACACACACACACACACACACAAAUAACAAUGACCCCAAUCCUCAAAGAUGAAUUAAGCGUUAAUAAACCCGCCGGGGAUUUGAACAAACAUUGUCCACAAAGUUUGAGCUACUUUUGUAAUGUUUUACUUUGGGCUUCAGCUCGGCUGUUUGUUAACGAUAUCACUGCUGGACGCCUGUUUGGCCUGCUUUACAGUUUGACCAGGAUAGAUAUUCCCAAAUUUUAUCAGAAGGGAAAGAAACCUUCAAAUCCAAAAGAUGGAGAAUCUCCACAAAUGCAAACUGAUGACUGAUUAUUACCAUAACGUGUUUUAUUAUCAGAUGCACUCCACCGUUUCUUGUUUCUUCCAAAGUUUCCACAUGUACAUAAACGCUGGUCCAAACAUAACUUAGUACACAGCUUCCAACCCCGACCUCCAUCCCAUCCCAUGAUGCUCUGCUCCUGAAACAUUCCACCUCCACCAGCGGAGAACAAAACUCUACCGUCGCCCAGGAUGAUCCCAACAUCCUGGGAAGCAGCAGUCCCCCCGACUUGACACUGUUUAUUAUUUGCUGGUUAAUCUGCUAAACAAGCUUUGUGUUGAGCAGGAAAAAAAACCCUCUUUGUGCAACUAUAAAACUGUUUCUUUCAUUAUAUGUAAUGUUUCUGGUGCAAAGCUAGCUUCACUGCUCAGGCUGUAAACAAAUCCUCAUGUUCUCACGGUGAAACAAACCAGAGCAACAAAUGUCUUUGACUUCCUGGUUCUCACUUGUGAAAGGCUCGUCCUCAACUUCAGCCGGUAAAUUUAAAGAUAAUAAAUAAAUGAUUUAUUUAGUAAACUUUUUGAUGAGUACACUUUCUUUUCAACACAUACAUGAGGCUCGUUGUAAAUAACUACAAAGUCAACAGGUGUUUGUAACUUCAGAACCUGCCUUAAAUAAUCAGCCGUUAUACUGUUGGAUAAAUCAAUAUGUUGCCAAGACAACCAUGAAUGAAGCAUAAUUGUAAACAGUUUUCUUUCAGUUGUGAGAUCAGACACCAGGAUGUGUUUUUCAUAUUUGAUGUAAUUAAAUAAAUGUUAAAACAAUG